CCCCUCGCCAGUCGCCGGCGAGUCCAGUUCGAAACGAACGCCCCAACGCCGAGCCAGCGGACAGGCCGAACGCCACUCCCCCGCCCGCCUCGCUUCCGCUGCUGCCUGCCUGCUGCUUCCUCCGCUGGAAAAAGAACACGCACGCAUUCCGCUGGAAUAAUCCUGCUCCCUCCGAUUUCCCGGCGUCCGCUCUUCACUCGCGGGAAUCGCCCGGAGCCCGCUGCGGGAUUGCCGGCCGGGGCCUCGCGCUCGAUUCCGGGGGGGUGGGAGCAGCGGGCGGCGCGGCAAUCCACCAGGCUGAAGCUCUCCGUCCGAAGCCGCUCCCGCAGAGCGCGGCGCGAGGCGAGGCGAGGCGAUGGUGGCCGCGUCGAGGAAGGAGGAGGAGAGGAACGAGCGGAUCGUGCGGGGGCUCCUCAAGCUGCCGCCCAACCGCAGAUGCGUCAACUGCAACGGCCUCGGGCCGCAGUACGUGUGCACCAGCUUCUGGACCUUCGUCUGCGUCUCCUGCAGCGGCAUCCAUCGUGAGUUCACGCACCGUGUGAAAUCCGUGUCCAUGUCCACAUUCAGCACACAAGAGGUCGAGGCUCUCCAGAAGGGUGGGAACCAGCGAGCCAGAGAAUCGUUCUUGAAGGACUUUGAUACCCAGAAAAUGAGGCUACCUGAUAGCAGCAACAUUGGCAAUCUUAGGGAAUUCAUAAAAGCUGUUUAUGUGGAGAGAAGGUAUGCUGGUGGGAGAUUUUCUGAAAGGCCUCCAAGAGAUAAACUGAACCAAAAGGCCCAUGAAGAAGAACAUAGAAGGGCAAGUUCCUACCAUUCAUUUUCACAGAGCCCACCUUAUGAUUACCAGUAUGAAGAGCAACGCAAUGGCAAACAAUCCGCAUUUCUUAGUAGGAAGCCUGGCUCAGAUUGGGGGCUUGAUGGGAAGAUUUCUGGAUUUGCUUACAGUUCACAUAGCCUGCAUGAGAGAAUGUCUGAGGACAGAUAUGCUGGUGAGAGUUGUGGAUCAAGGACUUCCAAUUGCUCAGGGUCAAGCAUGAGUGAUACAGUUAGAACUGCACCACAAUCACCUAAUUUUCCUGAUAAUGGGUGUUUCAGCGCCCCUGUUCUACAAGAUCAAUCAAAUCAACAGAGUUCUUAUGGACUCACUAGUUCACAGAUAACUAUGUCAGCAGGAAACAUAGAUUCAAUCUCUCCUAAAUUAGGCAAGUCAAGCUUAUCUGAUUUGAUUUUUGAGGAUGAUAAUGUUCAAAGAGCUCCGAAAUCCGCCAACCCUGCUGCUCCAAGUUUCAUAGCCUUUUCUGAUGCUAUUAGUGCCCCAAAUCAAGAUCACGUUAAUUCCACAGCUGCUAAGAAACAUCAAGUAACUACCUUGGAACAACCUAUAGAUCUGUUCGCAAAUAUGCCUACUGAAACUCUGUCAGGUGAUAUAUUGAUACCAGCAGCUCCGUCAAUAGACAAUUCUGGGUGGGCUACAUUUGAUACACCUCCAGAACAAAAGCAACCUUCAGUCGCUGGGAUUUCUUAUGUUGCUGCCACCAGCACCAAUAAACAGGCUCUGAGUCAUGAUUUGUUUUCCUUUGAAUCAAAUGAUGAGCCAACAUGGUUCCAGAGCUCUAAGGAUAACGUUUCGGUUACCAAUCAGUCUACUGCUACAUCUCCUGAUACAGGCAGUUCCCAGCCUUGGAGUGUUUUCGAUGCUUCCAGUGCUAGCACACAGUACACUGCCAAGGGAGAUAUAUCAUUAAUGACUUCUAAAUUGCAAGUUCCUAAAGGGCUGGUGGAUGACAAUGUUUCUCAGCUCUGGCAUUCAUUUGAUGAUGUUAAUGGGGUUGUUUCUCAUGAUCAACGCUAUGCUCAGCCACGAAUUGACAACCACAGGAAUGUUGUGAACAUAUCCCUUUCAACCAGCAACCCAUUUAUGUGCUCUGUAGUUUCAAAGGAAUCUCAUGAUGAUGAUCCCAAUGAAGUAUUAAUGGUGGAUGGAUUAUCACCUAAUACAUUACUUGCUGCUUCCGCACAGCCAUCUGUGGAAGGAGCCUCUACUGAGCAUAUGCCACUUAAUCCAUUUGAUCUUCCAUUUGACACUCGUUCGGGGACCCCUGAUCUGUUCAUGGACAUGAGUUCAUUGCAAGAGGCCUUGCCUAAUCCAGAUCUCUCAAUUUUCGUCGAUGGUUUACCUGAAACAUGGUUCUCCAGCAGUUCUUGCGCUUUUGUUCCACCAUCACAUGGUGGACUACCGUGCCUUGUCGAGCAGGCCCCGAACUCUCCGCUGCGGAACAUACCAGUUGGCACUGUAUCGAUAGGAAACCCUUUUGCAUAGAUGGUGGGGACAGAGAAUGUUCGUGUUGUUUUAGUUCAGUGAGCUUAGAGCUAGGCAGCCAAUAGGGCCGCCAGGGUUAAAUGGAGGAAUAUUUAGCAAUUAUAUAAGGUUUCUGCUGGUGCGUGGAAUGUGUAUAUUCUUUGUCCACUUCAUGUACUCUAUCUAAUGAACAGGCUGGUUCCUUGAGAUUGUUCCAAACUUCAUCAGAGGAUGACGCA